AUGUUUUACUCACACCAGCUUCUAGCUCGCAAAGCACCUCUUGGCCAGAUAUGUGAAGAGAUUUUGAAUCCUUCAGUGCCUAUGGCUCUUAGGCUCUCUGGAAUUCUCAUGGGUAAUUGUCGUCUCUCUCGUAUAAUAGUUGAUAUAAACGAAGCAUGGAAAGUGAAAGCAGCCCCAGACCCCACCGUCCUUCCUAAGGGAAAAUCACAGGCCAGGAAAGAGGAAGUGACUUUACCAGAGAACCAAGGAACUGAUGUGGGAGAGAUUGAGCAAUCCCAUACUUACUACAAUGCUGCAGCCACCACCAUGGGGUUUCAACAAACAGCCUAUUUCACCAUGCGGCUUGACAAUGUGGAUGAGCCGUAUGUUAACAAUGAUACCCGGGAGGAAGAUGCACCCAACCUCUUACAUCAAGCUGAUGCCGACAACAUCACCUUAUUUGAACGUUUUGAUUCAUAUCAGGCUGAUGCUGAUAAGUACAAUCACUUUGAAAGAUUUGAUAUUGAAGGGGAUGAAGAGACACAAGUGAACUUCACUUCAGUAGAUCAUAUGGAGAUCCCAACAACUCUUAUACCCUCCCCACCCCGACAAGAUGAAGCUCAAAGAGGUCUUCCUGCAGCUGAUGAAAACCAAGACCAUCGUCCAGAAAACCAAGUCGAUCAACAGUUUAAUGAAUGCAAAGUAGCCAGACAGGCACACAUGGAUAUUAUGUCUACAAUGAAGAUAUCUAACCUCAUGGAGCUACCACCUACUGUUCUUAUUGAUAAUUUAUCUUCAAAUGCAAAUAGAGAAAUCUACUAUCCAGCUCCACUUCUGGAACUUUGGACCAGAAGUACCCAACCUCUUCAUGACGCCCCUUCUGAAAGGACUUCUGUACCACUGCCACCAAAACCAUCAAUAUCAUCGCCACCAGAUAGAGUACAUUAUCAAGAUCCAGUGGGAGAUACCUUUGAUGAUCUUCAUAGUGGAGUUGGCUCUCAAUCACUGGGUACUUCAAUAGAGAAGCUGAGAACAAAUGUUGUGAACGAUGAGACAUCGAUGGAUAUCCUCAUGGAAGAACUCAAAGCGAACCUUAGGAACAAUGGUGUGAGGAUGACCGAAGCCAAUUUGGCGACACCUAGGAAUUCUGGAGAUGCAGUGAGAUUCAUUUCAAGCUCUGGAUCACGAAUUGGAAUUCCACUGCAUAAUUUGGACUUCAAUUUAGGACGAUCGAAUAAGAAAGGGCCUCAUUCAUCAUCAAGACACAGUGGCAGUAGUCUUGAGAGAGUAGCUGAAGAGGAUCCAUGGCAGUUUGCUGAUCCAAAUUUUGAGUUAUCGAGACUGUCUGAGAGUGGCCCGACACCUGAUCAAGAAAACCUACAUCCUCGGUACCCUAUUAAAUUUUCCACAGAACUGUUGGUUGAAACUGGACCUACACAAAGCCAACAACUGAUCGCAGGUCAGCCUGUUGACAAGAUAGCUGAUUCUAUCCGAAUGCAAAUGAAAACACAUUUUGAAACGCCGGGAGCCCCUCAAGUAGAAUCCCUGAACAAUCUAGCUGCUGGAAUGAACACAAAAGCAGCAGCUUUGCUGUUUUAUCAAACUUGUGUUCUUACAUCACGUGAUUUCCUAAGAGUUGAACAAAAGGUGCCAUAUGGGGAUAUUUUCAUCUCUAAAGGAGCAAAGAUGCAUUAG